AUGAAUCCAGAGAACGAAAACGCCAAUAAGGGUGUGGAUAUGCAAAUAAACCAAGCUUCAGCAGACGCAGUGGCAUCCGAAAGUUUGUCCCCAAACUCCAAGGACUUUAGCGCAGCAUUAGAUGAACAGCCGCCGCCACUCAAACGGGCGAAACUGGAAGAAAAUUUUCGGCCGCAUUCAAAUCAGCCAGCGAGAACCACUUCUGAUGGAUAUAUCACACCUGGAAACACUAGCGAAGCCACCGGCUCCAUCAGCUCAGGCACGAACUCAAUAAGUUCCGGCAGUAGUGGGGUCUCUGGAGACCGAAAGGAGUCAAAUAGUGAGGAAAGUGAAGAAGUUCCUUCCCAAGAACCUGUCGUUGACCGACCUAAUCGGGAAUUCUUACGCCAGGACCCACCUCGGGCGAAUCGCCCUCACACUCAUACGCACCCUCACACACACGCUCACCCCCAAUAUCCGGUCACUGCUAUUCCGUUUCCUGUAGCUCAGCCUAUAACACCAUCUGAAGGUCAACAACCUAUGGCAGCUGGUGCGAUGCCUGCGAGGUUUAUGUCAAUCGAGCCGACCCAGUUGCCAAUAGCGACCGUUGCAGUGCCCAUACCUGCAGCCAACAUGCCGGUUAUGCCACCUCUGCACCCGAUGGUGUAUCCUCCACUGCCAGGUCCCCAGUUGCCCGCGAUCGAGAACUGUACGUCAUCUGCGACCAGCGGUGCUUCUGGGGUCCCCAUGAGCCCAGCAGUAACCCAAACUCAAUUACCGUCUCCCCAGCAAAUCAUGACAGGAUUCGACCCCUCAUACACCCUUGCUUUUCAUUAUCAUUUUUACCCGCCAGGCGUUUCAUUCUACCCUGUCGGUAUCCCUACGGGUGUGCCUGGAAUUGUGUUUCCAGGUACGCUGAACCAUGGUCUUUACCAGACCCCCAACACCGCUUCUUCUUCCUCUUCGAAUCAGUCGCCUCGCGCGCUGAGGUCCAGCACAGACGCUAGAUCAUCUUCGGACUCGAAGCUCGCAUCCUCUGCAUCCUCUGCAUCCUCUGCAUCAUCAACAUCCUCGGGAUCGUCGAUCGGUUCGAUGUUAGCAAUGACUAAUUCCAUCCCGACGAUGGUGCCCUAUGGAAUGUAUCCAUUGUAUGACAGCAACAAGUCAAAGGUGCCAGUUGUUGGCAGCUCGAAACGACAGUAUAGAUGCCCCUACGACGGUUGCGAGUGGUCGUUCACCCGAGCCAGUGACCAGCGGCGCCACAUCAAGUCUCACGAGAAGCCAAAAUUGCAGUGUCCGUUUUGGACCCCGCUCAAGUCGUGCCACCGGAACAGUGGCGCCUUCAAUAGACUUGAUGUCUUGAAAAGACACCUUCGACUUGUCCAUUUUGAGCCUCUUAAAGACGGACUUCACAGUGGUACGACCUCUGGCCGUUGCCGCCAUUGCCGAGUCGAUUUUGCUACCAUAAAAGAUUUUGUCAACCACUGCAAUGCCUGUGCGGCUCAUUUUUACAGCAGCAGCGGCAGCAGCGGCAGCAGCAGUGGAUCGGGGGCGGAUUCGAGCAGUUCCGACGGGGCAAACUUCAACGAUUAA